AUGUGGCGCGAUCGUACGAAUUUAUAUAUCUCCUACCGUCAAUCAUUCGCGCAUCAUCCGGCCAAGAAACCUCGUUAUAUCGGAGCAUCCAAUGGCUUCUCCGAUUCACUGUCAGAACCAGAGGAAAGCCGCAGACUUAUAUCGGAAUCAGGAGGACUAGAUGAUGAUGGCGAUGCAAUUAUUGAGAUGGAUGUGCUUCCCCCGCGCUGGGUCGACGUGCAGGAAGAGGUGACAGAGCUACUUGCCGACAUUGCGCAGAAGUCUGCCCAAUUGGAUAAGCUACACCAGAAACACCUUCUACCAGGGUUUGGGGACGAAGAAGUAAGGAAACAAGAUGAAAGUGUUAUCGAGCGGCUCACACAGGAGAUCACACGCUCCUUCCAUGAAUGCCAGAAGGCGGUCCAGAAGAUUGAGUUGAUGGUGCGCGACGCAAAACAACAAGGUGGUGUAAGCAGUGGGGAUGAAACUAUGGCCAAAAAUAUUCAAAUAUCUCUUGCUUCACGAGUUCAAGAGGCAAGUGCUCGGUUCAGGAAGAAACAAAGUACAUACUUAAAGAAAUUACGGGGGCUGGAGGGUGCAGCGAACCCGUUCGAACGAUCUCCAACACCUGUACAGAAUCCUUAUACGGAUCCCUCUUUGAUGGAAUCCGAUGCAGACAAGUCCUUUUCGCAGACAACUCUGAUGCAAACAUCACAGCGACUCAGAGGAGAGAAUGAUGCCGCCAUAAUGCAGCGAGAAAGGGAAAUCAAUGAUAUUGCCAAAGGUAUCAUUGAGCUAUCAGACAUAUUCCGCGAACUUCAAGCAAUGGUCAUCGACCAAGGUACCAUGCUGGACCGGAUAGACUAUAAUGUUGAGAAAAUGAAUACAGAAGUCAAAGCUGCUGAUAAGGAACUCAAAGUGGCCACUAAUUACCAGCGGCGUACAACGAAGCGUAAAAUCCUUCUAUUAUUGGUCAUUAUUGUCGCAGGAUUGUUCAUAAUACUUCUGGUCAAACCAAAACGACAUGCUGGUAGUUCGCCAGCGCCUGCUCCAGACACCCCACAGCAACCCCCUCCAUCGAAUGAACACCCACCUGUGGUCUCUCCCCGAACAUUUGAAACCGUCUAUCGACGGAAGAGGCGCCCGUCUUUGGCCCUGGCUGCACGAAGCAAAUGGGUGGAUCCUGACAUACACCGAUAG